AUGGCGAAGCUCGAAUCGGAAUCUUCAUCUUCUUCUUCAGCCUUCUUCUCCCAGACCUCUUCUCGUCUCCCAGACGACACCGUUUUCUUCUCAAUAUUCCCGGACGCCUCCCUCUCCGCCGCAGGAUCGGAAAGCUCCGCCGCUCUUCAAUCACUUCACCUGGAAAUCAUCGAUUUCGUUUCUCCGUUUACUGCUCCCUACAUAUGGCAGCACGAGCCUUUCUCUCUCUCUAUCGCUCUCUCCUCCUCUUGUGUCUGUACCGAUACUGCGAUGCCUCACCUUCACGGGAAGCUCAAGUAUGGUGACAAUCUAGAGGACGAAUGGUUCGCCGUCUUCUUGCUCUUCCGCAUCUCCGCCGCGUUUCCAUCUAAUUCCAUCCGUGUGUGGGACACAGACGGCGAGUUUCUCCUCAUCGAAGCUGCUUUUCAUCUCCCGCGUUGGCUCAAUCCCGAAACGAGUCGCAACCGUGUCUUCAUUCGCGGCGGUGACCUCCACAUCGUCCCCCGUAGCCGCCUCCAGGAUCCUUCCCUAGUUGCUUCCUUGCGGUUUCUCGUCGAGCGUAGUCACGAAUCUCGAGCGUCGGAUUCAGUUCAAACCGCGUUGAGGAACCGGAUUUCAGAUUACCCCGACAGAACGUGGAGGAGUAUGCACCGUGCUAGGGUUAGGGUUCCGGUUUCGGUGGCGCAGGUGCUGAAGCACGAGCCUUUCUUAAUUUCGCUGGCAGUGGAAGGCUUUUACGACCGUGAUGUGGAUUCAAUGAAACACGCAGCGAAGAUGGAGAAGUUUCUGAGCAAAGGAAGAGAGGAGGAGCUUGUGCUUGCGCUUGUCAAGAUGUCGCGGGCAAUGUAUGCUCAGCUUGUGCAGCAGAAGUUUCAGGCGCCCAAUUGCUAUCCAAUGCCGAGCAUCAGCGACCGCGAUGCUUACUCUGAAGCCGAGCUAGGGAUGAAAAUCGCUUGUGGUAUGGAAAUGAUGUAUCAGCAGAGGAAGAAGGAAGGAGAAGAUGGGAGAGGGAUUAGUUGGAGCAAAUAUAAGGACAAUCUCGAGAAGAAUGGUUAUUUUGAAGGAUUGCUUUCUGGCUCGAAGGAGUACAAGAGGUUGAUGGAGAAUGCCGAGGAAUAUUACCAGAAGAGCUCGUCCGUUUCAAGAACAAGGUAA